AUGACCAGCAGCGCCGUAUGUUCUGAUUUCCAACCGCUCAAAGUGCUCAAAGGGGCUGAACAUUGGAUUCCUCAGGGGACUCCGGAUGAGUUGGUGCAGACCAUUAUUGAACUGAGCAAGGGGCCGAAUGUAGCGAUACUAGCUUUGAUGUCUCUUAGGCAUGUAGUCAAAACGAGUGAGAACGUAUUGACGAAAUGA